AAGUAUUUCAAAAAAUUCUAAUACUUGAUACCCGGUAAAUGUAUUGCGGCACGCAACGUCGUUUAAUCUGCGAAUCAUCUUCUUUCUAACGGUGAGAAUAAAAGAAAAAGGGCAUCCACCAAGGCUUCGAAAUUCAGCGACACAGAUUGCAUCAUUCGUCUUCUCUGUUUCUCCUUAAACAUGGAUAUGGUUGAUCAUAAAGAGGGUGGCAAUACCCUUGAUCAAAUGGAUAUUGAAGAUAUUGGCCGGCCUGAACAACAUAAAUCAACAUGGUGCGAGAGAAAACAGGCUGCAGUUGAUGAAGAAAUGAAGAGAAUGAGCCAACUGCCUGCAAACAGUACCUAUGUUGUUCAUCGUCGGAGGGUUCUUAAUAAAAUUCUGCAACUUAUGACGAUGCAGAGAACAGUAUCACAAGAGGAGGAGCUGGAGCUACUUUUUGCUGGGCUGUCUUUGUGAAAAAUUUUCAAUUAACCAUGAGCUCAGGUUGCUAGUUUGGUAAUCACAUUAGAAGACCAAGACAUGAAGGAAAGGCUUGUUUUUAAGUUUGUAUAGUAAUAUAUAAGAAGUUUGGCAAUGCCAUGUCAUGCAUGACCAGUGAGCAUUUAGCUCUUUUUAGUUAAGCUUUGGCUCUAUAUUAAUAUAUCACGUUGCUUCUUGCAAUCAUUGGCCUCUUACCUUUAAUUGACAUGGCUCAUAUAUGUUGUUAUUGCCAUGUUUUGUAACGGCUCUAGAGUUGGCAUUAAGAAACAAUUGUUAUAGUACUAUGGUUU